AUGUCGCUCCGCCGUGCCCUGGCGCUCGCCGCCUGCGGGCUGGCGGGCGGCUCCGUCCUGCUCUCCGCCGUCGUCGUGGGCAAGCAGCCGGCCCGCGGGGCCGAGGGCGAGCCGCGCCCGCCGGGCUCCGCCGUGCCCGCCGCCUCCGCCGCGCCGCCCGGCUUGCUGCUGCUGCCGCCCGCCGCCUCCUGCCCGCCGGCCCCGGGGUGGAUCGAGAGACCCGCCGGCAGCGGCGGAUACUGGGACAGCAACUGGGACAGACGUGAACCACUGGCUCUUAUCAACCUCAAAAAGAAAAAUGACGAAACCGGGGAAGAAGAACUCUCCUCUCGCUUGGAUCACUGCAAAGCCAAAGCCACCAGGCACAUUUUCCUCAUCCGUCACUCCCAGUAUAAUCUGGAUGGCCGGGCUGACAAAGACAGGACUCUGACCCCACUCGGUCGAGAGCAGGCUGAGCUGACUGGACACAGGCUGGCAAGCUUGGGAUUAAAAUUUGAUCAGAUUAUCCACUCCUCCAUGACCAGAGCAACUGAAACAACUGAAAUUAUAAGCAAACAUCUCCCAGGAGUCAAAAAAAUUAGUACUGAUCUGCUGAGAGAGGGAGCCCCUAUAGAACCAGACCCUCCAGUCUCCCACUGGAAACCAGAAGCUGUGCAGUAUUACGAAGAUGGAGCUCGGAUCGAGGCAGCUUUCCGGAACUUCAUUCACCGAGCGGAUGCCAAGCAGGAGGAGGACAGCUACGAGAUCUUCGUGUGCCACGCCAACGUCAUCCGCUACAUCGUGUGCAGGGCGCUGCAGUUCCCCCCAGAAGGCUGGCUGCGCUUGUCUCUCAACAACGGCAGCAUCACCCACCUGGUGAUCCGCCCCAACGGGAGGGUGGCCCUGCGAACGCUGGGGGACACAGGCUUCAUGCCCCCUGACAAAAUCACUCGCACCUGAAGGAGCAGGAAGGAUGGCUGUCCAGGAGCUGCCUCAGCCUCUUUGCACUAGCACGUUCUGCCACAGUACCACUAGAGUUUUUGUUACCUUGGGGUGUGAUGCUGUCUUAAAAUGUCCUUUAGCCCCUUGCCUCCUUCAUAUUCAUAUCUGCCUUUCAGUCCAGAAAAGAAGAAACCUUUGUAAGCCUGAAGCUGUCCAGUCCUUAAGUGUUCCCCAGAACUCAAAGCUGAGCUGUGGAAUACUGAGAUUGAAUGUCUGCUCAGCAGUUGCAAGAGCACUGACUUCUUCCCCACCCUGCCGUGAAUUCCUCUAACCAAAGCUUGCUCCUGUGGAUAUUUUUCUUGUGCAGGAAAGUGAUUGGUGUGGGAGCAGCCUCGUGUCUCACUGCAGCUAAAACAAAAGAUGAGCCAGCUUGUCACAGCUCCUGCAGAAGUGACAAACAGGGUAUUCUGCUGUUCAAAGGACAAAGGGAUAAAGCUUCAGUUUUGUAAGCUGUUAAGUGUGUAUAUUUAUGUUGUGUCAUUGUUUUCUGCCCCCAAAAAGCCCAUGUAAACUGUGCCUGGAGGUUACGAGCAUAAAGCAGAGGGUAAAAACCCCAUUUGCCUCAGAGCUGUGGUGCUAGAUUUAACUGCUGCUUAUAUUAAGUGUUCUGCCAUCCUCAGGAUGUCCUUGAAGGUACUCUGGACAAUAUUUUUCAGUUUUGUAAAGCCUUUAACUUAUACCAUGGUCUGGGAAAGUCUGUAGAGAUGAGUCUGUAGCAGUAAGAUGGAAGGAAAGCAGCAAUCUUCUGAAAGUGCUUUCAGUUGCUAACUGAGUGCUCUCUCCCGCUGAUUUGUGUUUGUUGGUACCUGACAGCAGAGAAAUGGCCCCCUGAGUUGCAGGAGUGGUGCUGCAGGUCCCAGGGGCUGCAGGGGUGCCCGGGGGUCCGUGGGGUGGCAUCUCUGGGCCGAUGUGUGGGACAGGCCUGGGGCAGAAAGUGCCUCCUUCCCCCAGCUCUGACACUGCUGAGGGGAGGGCUCAGCACCAUUCCCGUUUAAGGCUGUUUGCUGGGCACCUGCACCCCUGGAGUAACCUGGCUCAGUUGAAAGCUGCAGUCUGGGAAAUGUCACUGUGUGCACAGUCUGCCUUGGGGACAGCAAACACAACUCAGUGUCUGCCAGGUUCUCUCACCAAUCAGGGUGUUGGGCAGAGCUGUGUGGAGCAUAAUGGGGGCACACAACCUCUGGAGCCAGGGUUUAAGGGCUGGUUUGAUCCCACACUGCUACAGCAGGACAAGGUUGGGGAACUGUGGGGAACACACCGUGAUUGCUGUGUAGUGCAGGGGGUGGGGGCAAGAGGAACCAUCAUGACGUAUCUCUCAUUGAUGCAAUGAGAAUAAUUUAUCAGUUUUUGUCUAUGAACUUUUUAAAAGUUUUGAAUAAAAUACUUGGUCUGUCUGUCUUUCCUUCUCUUCAGCCGAGUGGCUGCAUGAGCAGCUGCAGCAGGUGGGGCCGGAGCUGCACAGGGACUGUCCCACACUGCUGAGGGCAACACUCCAUCUCCCAGCUUUGUCCUUCCAGCUCCAACCAUCUGAAAUGUGCACUGGGAUAGGAGCCAGCACAGGGCUGUGUCACCCCACGUGGAACAGGAGCACCAACACCAGUAAGGUGCACAUGCUGGGUGUUUUUAUCUGUGUGUACACACAUACUCUCUCACACCCCCUCUGUCAGGUUCUUGGUGGGCACCCAGAAGACACACAACACUCUGCACAAGGACAGAAAUUAACGAGUUUUGGUGCCAGUUAAGGUGGAGGGGAAAGGAUGAAACUUACUUAAAUACGUAUUUUUUCCCAAAUUCUGAGCUCCUGUCUCUUCAGCACUGCAAGGCAGUCCUUGUAAGUCUCUGGGGGUGCAGUGCAGUGUCACUGUGCACACACACAGAUGCAGGUACUUGUUGAGCGAGGCCUGGCCCAGCCAGCGAGUCACCCAGGUAUCAGCGCAGCUCCUGCUCCCCCUGCCCCACACACUGCACACAGGUGCCACUUCCAGCUGUUUUUUAAUAGAAAGUGGGGUGGUUCUGCAUUUUUAACAUGACACUUUUUGCUAAUUAAAAAAAAAAACAACCAACAAAAAACACAACUCAUCUUUUGCACCUUUAAAAGUGAACUUUUGGCCAAGAAAACACAAUUCAAGCACUAUCACUCUGAUUUAAAGUGUCUCCACAGGCUCAGUGUUGAAGGGCUUUCUUCACAAUCACAAAUGAUCCCAUCACUACAAAAAUUGCUAUUUUUGUCACAGCUGAAGUAACACAUGGUUAGAAAAAUGAGCUCUGCAGUACCACUGGACUAAUGCACAUUAUAGAACACAGUUAAAAAAAAUACUCUCGAGAGAACCAAACCAAAAUUACAAAGUGAAAGGGACGGGUGGGGGUGUGGAGGUGUCUGGCUACACGUACAUACAGGUGACAUACAGGUCAAUAUUAAAAAAAUGAAAUAAAGCGUAACCACAGUAAAAAGGCCAAAGAACUAGAGUGUUAGUACUGGUCUCCUGGCUCAGGAACAGACUCUCAGUGAAAGGGUGAUGCUGCUCAAAGGAACCAGUAUGGAAAAGAGCAGCUGCCCCCACAGCAACUUACCCCUCAGUCUGGCUGGAACAGGGUGUGUGCUGAGGCCUUUCUCCAGAAUGACAAAGACUUUUAACUUAUUAAUGUUAAAUUAUUUUAAAAAACCCAAACCAACCAACCAACUGCCCCCAAAAAAACCCCAAACAAACCCUAAACCUCUCAAGGUAAAACUGUAGUUAUGUGGGACCAUAAAAACUUUGAGACCAUGGAGCUUGCAGCAUCAAGAAAACAGAUUAAAAAAAAAUACCAUCAACAAAAAAAACCUGUAUAAAAGUAAGUCAGUUAAUGUACUUGGUAACAGCAGGUCAUCUUUGUGAGUUUUUUUUUUGUUUUGCUUUUUUUGAAAAUGUCUCUUAAAGCAUGACACCCACCCAAGCCCCUGCUUGGUGUGUGGAAUAUGACUGAAUGAGAGGCAUUUCUGUAAAGUAGC